UUUUAAUAUGCAGUGUGUGAUAUAAAUGUAAUUAUGUCUUUGUAUGUUGAGAGAGUGAUUCAGUAGGUGAGUGUGUGUGUGUGUGUGUGUGUGUGCAGCAGCUGAGGAGAUAUGUCAACAAAGAGUCUGGCGAAAGAGCUGGGUCUGAUCAGGAAGAGAAGUCAUUCAACUGGAGCUCGCCAGCGUCCUUCUGCCUGCAAGCAGCGCUUCUCUUUCCUGAUGGUCAUUGACUUUGAGUCCACCUGCUGGAGAGAGAAGAGCAGCUGUGGUCAGGAGAUCAUUGAGUUCCCGGCGGUGCUGCUGAACGUGUCGAGUGGAGCGGUGGAGUCAGAGUUUCACUCGUAUGUUCAGCCGCAGGAGCACCCAGCUCUCUCAGACUUCUGUACGGAGCUCACCGGCAUCACACAGGACCAGGUGGACUCCGCCCCUCCGCUCCACGUCUGUCUGUCAAAAUUCAGUCGUUGGCUGCAGAGCCUCCAGCAGGAGAAGGGUGUGGUCUUCCAGACGGACAGCACAGGCCCCGCCCCCACCGGACAGCCCUGUGCCUGUGUCACAUGGUCAGACUGGGAUCUGGGAGUCUGUCUGCUGUAUGAGUGCAAACGGAAGCAGCUGAGUGUUCCUGAAGCUCUGAAGAGCUGGAUCGACCUGAGAGCCACUUACAGGCUCUUCUAUAACAGGAAGCCCAAAGGUCUGAGAGGAGCUCUGCUGGACCUCGGCAUCCAGUUCACAGGAAGAGAGCACUCAGGUCUGGUGGAUGCCAGGAACACGGCUCUGCUAGCGCACCGGAUGAUGACCGACGGCUGUCUGCUGACUCUCACCAAGACUCUGAGGAGGGCGCCGCUGAAGCCCAGACCGGUGUGUGUGAGCGUCUCCAGUGAGCGUCCCUCAGCGCAGCAGCAGACGAGUGUGUGUCGGUCUCUGGUGUGGCCCCGCACCGUCCUGUCCUGCACACACACCCCGUCCAGAGCCCCGGGGGCCCUCAGCGCCCUCGCUGCGCUCUCGGACACCACCUACGACCCCGAGGCCUCCGACGCCUGCUGGAGAGACGGAGUGCUGCUGACUGAGGAGGAGGAGCCGGGCCGUGAUGACACGCCUCUGGGGGCGGAGCCUGGCGCUGUCCAGCGCAGAGCCUCCAGCUGCUCCGGUGUGUUUAAGGCCCCCAGAGCGCCCCGGCCCCUCUCUCGCUCGUUCAGUGUGUACACAGACCCUCCGGCCGGCGCUAAGAUCACGGCUCCUCUGUGUGUCUGCGGCCGCAGGGCCCGGCGUCUGACCGUCAACAACCGAGGACCCAACCACGGCCGGGCCUUUUACAGCUGCCCCGUCAGACGCCGGGCCUGCGGCUUCUUCAGGUGGUCCGGCUCACAGAACCUCCUCAGACCACCACAGACCUGCUCCAGACGCCUCGGGAGCUGCGACCUCUGACCUUUCCCACCUUUUAAUGUAUUCUUUCUGUUUUUGGGGAGAAUAUGAACAGAGAGUGAUGAUCUGAGAAUAGUGUAGUGCUGAAACGGUGUACUGUAUGAUUUAUGAGGAGAGCUGGCCUCUUGAAUUGUGUCUUUGUGUUUUAACAAAACCUGUUUGUAUAUAAAUAAAACAUGUUUGAAAACA